AUGCCCCUUAGGGAGGCUAUUCCAUGUUGGAGUGCCAUUAAAAGCCUCGUCUGCCAGUGCUGCUACCGCAGCAACGACCAGAUCCAAAAGGAAGCAGCAGCAAAGCGGCGCUUGCUGCUCAAGCUGCAACAGCAGCAGCAGAUGCAGAAGCAGCAUAUGCAGAUGCAGAUACAGCAGCAGCAGCAUAAAAAGCAGCAGUGGCAGCAACGGCAGCAACACCUUCAAAAAGCUCAGUGCGAUGCCUUGUGGGAAGAUUCCAAGGCUAUACUUGCGCCGUUUAUGCACAUCGCCAUGGACGCCCUCAUUGGGCUGCAGCAAGAAUUUCAACUGCAGCACCAAACCCUCCAUCUCGCUGCAAGCUAUGUGCAUCUUGUACUGCAGCAGCAAUUGGUAGAGGAAACAGCGCUGCAUCUGCUUCACCACAGGAGCAGAGCAGCAGAGCUGCAACAGCAACUGCAGCAACUGCAGCAGCAACUGCAGCAGCGCCAGCAGCAACUGCAACUGCAGCAGCACCAACUGCAACUGCAGCAGCACCAAAUGCAGCGCAAGUUGCCAGGAUCCGUUUCUCUGCAAUCUAAGCGGGCUGCCGCUGUACCCUUAGCAGAAACGCAAACGAAGCAAUCCUGUUUUACGCAGUCAAGGCGAGGCUUCCGAGGUGACGGCGAGCGCUGCAUCACUGCCUGCAAUAGCAGCAGGAGUGGCAUCUUGGAAACACCUGCAGCAGCAGUAAACAAAAAGGCCGCUGAGGAGCAGCAGCUGUCUCUCGUCACCACGGCAGUCACCGAAACAGCUCGCAUACUUGCGGGAGCUGCAAAAGAAACAGCAGCAGAGCAGCAGCAGCAGAUAGAGGAGUUGCUGCAGUUACACCUAGCAGCAGCGGCAGCGCCUCCGAAAUCGGUGUUGCAGAGGCUGUGCUGCUGCACCUUGGCUGCAGCGAAAAUGUCGGAUGUAUUCUUGGAAAGAAGUCAAGAGUAUUACAAGACAAACAACACUGCAGCAUAUGCCGAGAGUGGAGCAGCAGCAGUAGCAGGAGAGGCUUUCGCGCGGCAGUUUGCGGCAGCCACUGCCCGCAAGAGGAGCACUAAUGACAGCCUCCAGCCUAACAGCAGCAGUAACAGCAGCAGCAAUAGCAGCAGCAAUAGCAGCAGUAGCAGUAACAGCAACAGCAUCAGCGCAGGCACGGCGACAGAAGCACAAGGUGCUCUGCUACCGCUUGAAGUGAUAAUUAAGCCUGAGGGGAUUCUUGAAGAGGAGCAAAAGCUGCUUGAGCUGUUGCAGUUUGACUUGCUGCGACAUCCCUCGGCGUUCUCGAUUCUCACGAAGCUGUGGAGCAUUGCGGAGGAGUCUGCUACGGCCAUAGCGAAGCGCAUAUUGCAGCCGCAGCAGCACGCUGAGUUUCGCAUGCCAGUCCUUUGUUCAGUGGCGUUGGAAGCGCUGACAUCCCGCCCACGCCUGCUGCUGCUGCAAGAGUCAGCGCAGCAGCAGCAGCAGCAGCACCAGCAGCACCAGCAGCAGCAGUUGUUAUCAGCUGCUGCUGGUGCUGCAGACGCCACUGCCGUUGUCACGGCCAUACGCCACGGCGCUUGCGCAUGCAUGCAUGUCACUGGAGGAAAGGGUGCAGUAACGGAAGCAGCGUUCAGUUCCGCUAAUACUGCUGUAGAUGGUGUGAGGCAUCUACCGCUAGCGGUGCUCCAGCCGAUGGGCUGCUCGGGCGUGACUGACUGGUGCCACGCCUCCCUUCUGUCGAACUUAUUUUUUAAUGAGCUUUACAGCUUUCUCAAAGACGAACCUGCAGUACAAGAGCCACUGGCAGCAAGAACGGCUGGUUGUGGGUUGUCACACCUUCAGCGAAACGCUGGCGCACGUGAGCAAACAGAUCUAGAGAAGCUUCGGCGUUCAGAGAUUAGCGGCUUAAUUACCUUCCUAGCCAAAAUCCGGGGAAUCUGA